GAACCUCCCUGGAGGAUGAGGAAGUCUUUCAGCAGAAGCACAUGAGGAGGCCAGAAGGGCUUUUCAGAAAUCGAUUUGAAGUUAGAAAUGCCAGGUUUCCCAAGAUGCCCUGAGGAGAACCCUCUUCCCUCUGGGGGGGCUAACGAAAGAUUUUGUCAAGAAAAUAGCUGCUGAGAAUAGACUGCAUCACGUGCUUCAGAAGAAGGAGGUAGGACGGAGGGGGGUACGCUGGCGGCACCGUGGCCGUGGUCUGCGGGGAAGCGGGGCCCUGUCUGGGCACUUCCUCCCCAGGAGCCAGCGUCAGGACAGAGCCCGGCUGACGCACGCGGUAGGACGUGCCGUUGGCCGCUGAGAACCGCUCCGACGCGAUUUCUCCCCCCGUCCCCUCCUCGGCCCUGCUCUGGGGUGAGCAGCUUUCAGAGGAACCUGGCGAGCUCGUUGGGGUGCUCUUGGCCCAGCCUGCUGGGGGAGGGCGGCGCGGGAAGGCCCGGGCCCCGAGACGCCCCAGCCCGUGCUCUGUCGCUGCUUGCACGCACAUCUGCUGUUUUCACGCAUUCGUCCAGCCCCUCCUUGUCGAGGGCCUUCCUGUACUGGGUGCUGUGCUGCUGGCCCCUGAGGAUAGGGUGAGGAGCGCACGGGUUCCUCAUUCCUGCCUUCCUGGAGGUCUCAGGAGGGAGAGACAGACACAAAACGUACCGUGGGAAAAAGACGGGUUCCGAGGAGUUAACACUUAAUCCACCGUAAGGCCUCAGGAUGAAUAGGAUUUAGUGUCACAAAGACGGUUUUGGGGAGUUGUCCCGGCAGCGGGAAGACGUGUGUGAAGGCCCCGAGGUAGGGAGAGCCUGGGCAUUGGGAUGACGGGGAAGCCCGCGUGCUGGGGGUCUGGUGCUACAGGACAGUCCAGGCGUGCUCCGUCUGGUCGGGCCACAUCAGGGACUGGGUCGCCUUCAGCUGAGGCUGCUGCUUCAUUUUUGUCUUCCUGGGAACGAGCAUGACCUUGCUUUUUUUAUCAGCAAGUCAUUGUCCCCAAGGAAGACAUCCUUUCUCGCAUCCAUCCACCCAUCAUGUCUGUCUCUCUGUCUACCUGUUCGGUUUCUGGGUGUGGCUCUGCGCUGGGAGCUGAGAGACGCAAGCAGGGCAGGUGAGCGCUCCAUAUGACAGGAACAGCAGUGGUGGAGUGUGCGUUCCAGCCCGUCUUCUGGGCUAGAGUAGAUCACCUUGAGGGAGCCCUCUCCCUCCGACUCUCCUGCGGAUGCUUCGGGUCUGGCCCAGCUCCUCUCCUUCCCAGCCCGCGGCUCAUUGACGGUGGUCUGAAGGGCCCGCACAGCUCUGGCUCGCUCUCCUGCCGGGGUAGACGUGGGGUGGCCUUGCUUACUCACCAGAUCCCAGGUUGGGGGCCUGAAGCAGACCCCUUGAGAUGCUCUGAAACCCCUCGAGGUCCGUUGGUGGGGCACGGCUGGUGUCUGUGGUCCCUUGGCCAAGGAAAGCCAGGCCUGCGACCCAGGAGCGUGGGGAGGCCCGGGGAGGCCGGGGUGCGCAGCCUCCUGUCCUCCCGGCACUGGCUUGUUCUCGUGCGGACACCUCCUGCCUGUUCACUCUCCUCACUGUUGGCUUUCCUUUUGUUUCAGAGCAUGGGCAUCUGUUUCGUUGGUAAAAGAAAUUUUGAAAAUUUCAUCCUUCAGUAUUUACAGCCUCGACCUGGUAAAUUUAUUUCUAUAGAAGACAAUAAAGUUCUGGGAACACACAAAGGUUGGUUCCUGUAUACUUUGGGCCAGAGAGCCAAGAUAGGCGGCUUACGGGAGCCCUGGUAUGUGGUGGAGAAGGACGGCACCAAGGGCGACGUGUUUGUGGCCCCCCGGACAGACCACCCGGCUCUGUACAGGGACCUGCUGCGGACCAGCCGCGUGCACUGGAUCGCGGAGGAGCCGCCCGCCGCCCUGGUCCGGGACAAAAUGAUGGAGUGCCACUUCCGGUUCCGCCACCAGAUGGCGCUAGUGCCCUGUGUGCUGACCCUCAAUCAAGACGGCACCGUGUGGGUGACGGCUGUGAAGACCGUGCGGGCCCUGGCCCCGGGACAGUUUGCCGUUUUCUACAAAGCGGGUGAGUGUCUGGGCAGCGGGAAAAUCCUGCGCUUGGGGCCAUCCGCCUACAUACUCCAGAAGGGCAAGAGCAAGUCCAGAGUGGCCACCGAGGGCCCCGGCGAUGGCCCCAGCGAUGGCCCACGGCUGGGCCCCACGCUCUGAAGGAGGCCGAGCUGCUGCCGAGCGCCCAGGAGCAAACACGGAGGAGCAGAGCCUGGGGGGGAGCAGUGGGGGGGAGCUUGGCUGAGUCUGCUGCCCCAGUUCUAGCCUGCCUGGCCAGGGUUCCGGCAAGCCUCCCGAGCCUGGGAGAGCCCCAGAAAGGCCUGCCCUGUCUUCUCCACCGUGCUGUGCUCUGACCAGAAGGACUUGCUGCCUAGUGGGUGGGUCCCAAGUGCCCCGUCUGUAGAGUUGCUCUCUCGUGCCCCAGGGAAGGCUUCCCACCCGCAAGCACACAGGCACACUUCGGAGGAGGCUGCAGGGCCGGCAUCCAAUAAAACGAGUGUCUGGGA